AUGGCCCAAGCAGACCAGCUACGGGGCACUUGCCUCCAGGACAUCCAGCUGCAGUUCUGGACAGAGUCCCUGCAGGUAGUCCCUGCUCUCUUAGCUCCAGCAGUGAUUCUGGGGGUGGCCCUCGGCAUCAGUUGUGCAGUUUUGCUCUGUAUCUACGUGCUCAAGCCUCUGCUCCAGAAAAAGAAAGAUGAUUCCCAAAGUCUCCUUAAAAACUUGGAUGCUGAUGUGCAUCUUUAUGAAACUGACUCCCUAACAAGAGAGAAGAGAAAGGAAGCUCAGACACCAAUUGAAGAAGAAAUUCUUGGGGAAUAUGAGUCACCACUCAACAGUAACAUCACAGCGUUUGCAUCAAAGGCAAAAGUGAUCUAUCCCAUCAACCAAAAAUUUAGGCCUCUUGCAGAUGGAUCAUCUAAUCCAUCUUUGCAUGAAAAUCUGAAACAGGCAAUUUUGCCAAAUCAAAUGAUGGAAGUUUCUCCUUCAAGUAGUCUUGGGUCCCUCAGCCAGGGAGACAAAGAAGACUGUAGUUCUUCUACCAGCAUGCACUCUGCUAUUAGUGAUGACCGAUUCCAUGAUAGAACCUUCCUUAAGGUGAAUUCUUUCCCAGAGGUGUUGACCUGUGAAAGUUUUGAUAUUAGCUUGUGUCUGCAUAGCCUUCACCUGAAAAAUCUGCUGCUCUUAGACAAGGACCUGAGGCAGGAAAAAUAUAUGAUGUUUAUCCAAAUCCUCAAAAUGUCCUUAAUUGAUAUUCUUCCCAAGAAGAAAACUGGUGAUGACAUGUAUCAAAAAAUCAUUUCAAAACAAGAAAUGGAUUUGGAAGAAUUAGAAAAACAAAUUCAUUCCAAAUUAUCAAAUACAGAGAUGUUGGGUGCUGGUAGUUCUGAAUAUUACACACUGGAGGAUAUUGAAAGGAAAGAGAGAGAAUACUCAGAACACAUAAUAGAUAAUAUGGAAGCCUUCUGGAAACAAAUGGAAAAAACCCAGCAGUUUCUUCUAGACCAGUUGAAAUGUUUAAGUGCCAAAGUAGGACAGAUCAUGCAGAAUCUAGUGGAAAGAAUGAUUAGAGCAGAAGAGUUAUUAAGUGACUCUCAGGACUUGCAGACUUUGGAUAUUCAAGAAAGAACAAUGGGUUGGGAAUAUAUGGCCAAAAUGAUCAACUCCUUAAAAUUACAAAUACAGGAAGAGACUAAAUGUCGGUUGACUGUGAUUUCCCGGGCACUGGAAUCAUUAACCAUUGCAGGGAAACUCUCAGUAAGACAGAAGGAAGAGCUACUAACACAAUUGCACAAAACUUUCUGGGAAGAAGUAGAACGUUUUAAUAGUGAAUUUGUUCAGAGAGGUAAGGACCUAAUCAAGACUUCUCUGGCUCACCGGGAGGUGAUGAUAGAAAAGAUGACAUUGACUCAUGAAGAAGAGAGGGUACGCCUUCUUGGAAAAGCACAAAAAAUGACUGAUCCUGAUGAGGUAGUUAAGGCUUAUCAUGAAGUCCUGGAAAAGCAGAGACUGACUCGAUAUGACCUCGAAGAGGAGGAUGAUUUCAAGACUACCGAAGCAGUCACCAAGCUGUGCCAGGAACUAUAUAGCAGCACCAUCCAAACUUUUGAAAAAUUCAUAGAAGAAACAUUUCUUCAUACACUCUUGGAAAUGACUGGCCUUUCCUUGGGAGAAUGUGAACAAUGGAGGCAAGAUGUCCAACACAGUGGAGCCCUCGACUUGGAGAAAUCAGAUCGCUUCCGAGAAAAGCAAUGGACGCUUUUCCAAGAACUUCUUGACCAAGAAAAACAGCUUUGGGCUGAAGAGUAUGCCUUGUCUGGAAUCAUGCAGAAACAGUUUUUGGAGAAACAUGAGAACAUUAUCCGUGGAGUGCUAUGUCGCCUGGGUGGUCUCAAUGAAGAGUCAAGAAGAUACAUAUUACAGAAACAUAAGCUGAUGAUGAACUCAAUCCUCAGAAGACUCUCACUCCGAAAUAUCGCUGCAGCCACAAUGACUCAGAUGAGAAUGUCCAGAAAAAAGUCUCUCCUUCAGGAACUAAAAGAACAGUACAUCCUAGAAAAGAGUUCCUCUCAGUGUCAGGAUGAGCACCAAUGGCAACUCCUUAAAGCAAUGGAGUCUCGUAUCCUGGAAGAAGAGAAGAAAGUAAAGGAAGAGACUCAACAAACACGUCUAGAAUUCCACCAGCAUUUCAUUUUGGAAGUUCAAGAAUGUAUUCAGUUUCUGCAUCAACACAUGCAGCGAGUGAUUGGAGAAGCCUUGCUUGAACAUGCUCGUUGUGAUAUGGCCAAAAACAGAGGCAAAGACAGAGAUGACUUCAAGGGGACAUUGAUAGAAGCAGCCGUAGAGAGUGUCUAUGUGACCAGCAACAAUGUCAACAGGCUUGUCCAUAGUUACUACCAACAAAUUGGGAAAAUCAUGCAGGGUCAUGAAGAGAGAAAACUCCAGCAGCUCAAGACAUUACAGGCUGAAAGAAUGGACAAUUACAAGCUUCAGAAGAAAACGGAAUUGAGCGACCCAUCACCAAGUGGAAACACAUCAAGCCCUGCCUCCGAUGUACCCAGCACUGUCCAUCAAAGGUGAGGUGUCUGCAGUUUCUCACCAUUAGAAAUCCUAUUAGUGGUUUUGAUGUUUUUCUUAAUAAAUGUUUACUGCUG